GGACGGAGAGGCAGGCCCGGCGGAACACGGGACAUACGGGUGACGAACAGGUCGGGGCGGAUAAAAACCGCCAGCGGGUUAAAGCUGGAAGGCCGAGGAAAGAUCCGUCCGCAUACAAACCGGUUGCUAAGCCGGGGGACUUAUUUCGGGCAUUCGAGGCUGCGCAGAACGAGGUCAGAAGGGCCGAGGCAGGGAUGCAUCCUAACGCAUGCGAUCGGGAGAGCCUAGAGCGUGCGGGUCCCGGCAUUCAAACCCCAGCAGACCUGUUCCAGGCUGCGCAAUUUAAUUUUGACCGGGUCAUGUUGGAAGAGAGGCGCAGUCAAGGGCGGCGUCGCGGUCAAAGCCGGAAAGGUGGACCGUCGAAAGAGAGCCCAGCCGAAAGCCAGGGUACCGUACCGAUGACGGAGUGGCUCGACGAUCGUGCUGGGCAAUGCCCCCCACAACAACCAACCGGCGGUCGAGAGAGCAGGGCGAAUGUGGGAGGUGGUGUUUCCAGACCGGGCAACGAACCUCAGGAGUCGAGGAAGAGACGAGGUCCGAAUAGCGUCGGUCAGCCGCAGUCAAAACGGGCCCGGACGGCGCUGCGUCUAGAGAGGAGCGACGACGAAAAGAGGCGAGAUCUUGCCAGCAUCCUUCGCAGCUUAGAUGAAGAAUUUGCCGAGAAGGAGCGACUGUCCCACGCGGGGGCGUGGUGUGCGGCUAUCCCCGACAGCAGAAAGGUGUCUACCGUCCAGGAGUUUUACAAAGCGUUCCACGACAAGCGUACGCUGCCGAUACAUACAUGCAUGGUCUGCUAUCGCAAAUGCGCCAGGACCGAGCUGGAAGAAAUUGAUUGGGAUUUGUGGACGGCUAGUCUUAUCGCGAAGUCAGACGGCUCGCCUUUUAAAUGUCGCGAAUGCUUCCCCGCGGGGGAGAAGGUUUCGGGGUGUACAGAUUGCCUGAAGCAGAUGGGGAGUGGUGUGUUGUCUCCUGCAGGCCAGCUCCACAGCCGCCUGGGUUGCGAGCAUAUGUUCCCGGAUGAGUUGAAGGGCCUUACGCCAGUUGAGGAGAAGCUCAUUGCGUUGAACUCAUGUUAUGGGUUCAUCACCAAGUACAGCUUGCCGGAGGGGUGUAAACAGAGCGCGAGAUAUCCGAAGCACGUUAAGGGGCAUAUUACAGUAUUUCCCAAUAACGUACAGGACCUCGUCAGCAAUGUUCUCCCCCACCCGCUGUUGAAGGUGAUGGAUGAGAUCCAUGUCUCUUGGCAGGGGCGGGAGAAACCGGCACCGCGUGACCUAUCGGCACUUUUGUCGGUGAGGCGCCGUGUCGUUGAAAGGGCGCUGGUGUGGCUGAAAAGGAAUAACCCGCUAUAUGCGAAGAUCCACAUCGAUACGGCCGAAAUGGACACUUGGAAAGCGCCGCCGCACGGUGUGCCCCCUCAAGUCUACUCGCGUUUGGAGCGGAACGAGCCGUCGGCGUGGGAAAAGGCGCGAACGGGGCAGGUCGUACCACUUACGGAGCGCGGCCUAGAAGCAGGGGAAUCGAGGGAUGUCCGAGAGGUUCUUGCAGCGCUAGAGCGGGGGUUCGAUGUCGGAGGCGGCGGCGAGGCGUGUGUAGGCGGGGGAGCAGACUCGGAGGGCGAAAACGGGGGCGAGGAGGCGGCGGUAGAGCCGGAGAGUGCAGUGGCUGCGAUCCACGAGAUCAGUUCGUCUGGGAUGUUCGCUCUCGACGUGGGACCGGAUGUUGCCGAUGCUGAGAAGCUGCGGUACGUCUGCGACGCGCUGGGUCGUCGGGCCGCUGGCGGGAACGAGUCGAUCGGCGCAACCUGGGUGGGACCAAGCGAGGGGCGGCGGGCUGGAGGAGCGUCCGAGCCGUAUAUCGGAGUAUCCCGCGGGGAGGACUUUGCCGACUCGUUGGACGCGCGGUUCUUCGCUAAGGCCUUUCCGACGUUGUUUCCGACGGGAGGCGGAGGCCCGCGACAGGCGGAAGAGCGUGUCGAGGAAGAAGGGACAGGAGGAGGCACGCACGCGGCCACGGCGCGGGGUCUCAUAGCGUCGAGGAACAUGAGCCUAGAAAAGUGGGCCAGGCUCCUUCGCCGGUCCGCCGAAGAUGCGAGGCGCGACGCCAGGCAAUGGGCCGCCAUAUCCGGGGAGGCUGAUCCUGCGGCGGCCGACACGGUCGAGCCGGGGCCAGGCGAAGAAGAAGAGGGUGGAGAGGUGGUGUACCGCUCGGGCGAUAUUGGCAGUGCGACACGACUUAUUGACGUGUUGAGAAACAUGCUGGCGGGAAAGCAGGUUACGGCCUGCUCAAGCGAAAUCUCGGAGAUGGUGCGACAGCUUUACCGGUUCCAGCAAGCGGCGCUGGGAUCCCUGGACGAGCUGCGCGCCACGGCCGCCUUCGAGGCGGCGCCGAGGACAGGGCUCCCCGGUCAGGAACAGCUGAGCGUCUUGAGUGGUUUCGGCGAGCAAGACGUCCAGCUUACGGAGGCAGACUCGGAGCGUUUGGCGGGAGCCGGGGGACCGUCGACAAGAAUCCAAUUCGGCGCGGCCACGUCGUUCGCCGAGGCGGGAAGGCGACUCGCGGAGUCCUUGACGCUCAAUGGAAAACAGAGCAUCGCCGUGCAGCUAGUAUGCAGGCAGUUGGAUCGAAUUCGUCUCGACGAGCGGGGAACUUCCCAGCUGUGCCUGUUUGUCGGCGGCGAGGGCGGAACGGGAAAGUCGCGCGUAAUCGAGGCCGUCGCAGCGCUGUUUGCAAGCAAGGGGAUAGGGCAUCGCCUCGUCCUGAGUGGUUUCGGCGAGCAAGACGUCCAGCUUACGGAGGCAGACUCGGAGCGUUUGGCGGGAGCCGGGGGACCGUCGACAAGAAUCCAAUUCGGCGCGGCCACGUCGUUCGCCGAGGCGGGAAGGCGACUCGCGGAGUCCUUGACGCUCAAUGGAAGACAGAGCAUUGCCGUGCAGCUAGUAUGCAGACAGUUGGAUCGAAUUCGUCUCGACGAGCGGGGAACUUCCCAGCUGUGCCUGUUUGUCGGCGGCGAGGGCGGAACGGGAAAGUCGCGCGUAAUCGAGGCCGUCGCAGCGCUGUUUGCAAGCAAGGGGAUAGGGCAUCGUCUGUUAGUGACGGCAACGUCGGGGACAGCGGCUGCACGGAUCGAAGGAGUGACGAUUCACUCGGCCUGCAGUUUUUCAAAAGACGGAACACGGGGAGGACCCAACAAGACCGAAGACGGCACCAGGCGUUCGAGCGCAGCAGAUUUGCGAGUCGACGGCCAAAUCCGGAUGGACUGGCAGGAGAAGUAUUUGCUGAUCAUCGACGAGGUCAGCAUGCUCGGCGCGCGGACGCUGCACGCAUUCCGCCCCGUCCAGGAGCGGUCGAUUCUCCUCCCCAGUGAGGCCAUCUCGUGGGACGAAAACAUGUCGUGCUGCCGCCUCUGCUCUGUCCUGAACGACAUGAUGCGCCGUAACGGAGUAUCCUGGUCACUUCUUCUUUUGGAGAUGUAA